AUGCCUAAUUUUAUUAAUAUUCGUUUAUGGAAGCCAGGUAUAAAAAAAUCAGAACAAUAUAAAUCUUUUCAACGUAACUGUCUUAUACGUGAAUUCGAAUGUAGACAAAAACAAGCGAGACAAUUAGAAAAACAAGUUUCAUCUAUCUUAAUAGAAUUAGAAAAACAUCUUUCAUCAAUAGAUUAUGUUAAUGUGAAGAAAUUUUGUUAUGAUUCAGCAAGUCGAGUACAUACUAAAGUAAUGCAAACUCAUAAAGACAAACUAGAAAAAUUAAAUCGAGGUCCUAUUGGACAAAAUUAUGACGAAAUGAAAUUAAAAUUAAUUCAUAAUAUUUCAUCACAUACCCUUUCACAGGUGGAAGAAAGAUUAUUAUGUCGUGGUUGGGAUUUUUGUAUAGAAAAUAAAACAACGAAUUUCUUAGACUUUGAAACAGAUCUUGAAUUAAAUGUAAUGAAAUUACAGUCUCAUUGUCAUGAUUCAGUUUUUCGUUCAAUUUGUCGUAAAAUACAUAAUGCAUCACAACAAUUAAUACGCACCUCUAAACACAAAAAAAUAAGUAAUCUCUCAGAUGAAGAAUUAGCAGCCUUGAAAUCACUAAAAUCUAAUAACAAUAUAGUCAUAUGUAAAGCUGAUAAAGGUAACUGUAUUGUGAUAUUAGAUAAAGAAGCAUAUAUGAAAAAAGCUGAUGAUAUAUUGAAAGGAGAACAAUUUGAACCAUUAAACAAUGAUAAAUUUCAUCGAGAACGAGAAGAAGAAUUAAAUAAAUAUAUAUUUUCACUGUUUAAAAAAGGGGUAAUAGAUAAUAAACUUCGCUAUCAAUUGCAAUCGACAUGUUCUUCAAUCUCAGUCUUUUAUGGCCUCCCUAAAGUACAUAAAACUGGAUAUCCAAUACGUCCGAUAAUAUCAACUAUAGGAAGUUACCAAUAUCAACUAUCGAAAUAUUUAGCUAAAGCAAUUAGAGAUGCACGUCCACAAGCAAAAUCAUAUAUAAAAGAUUCUUUCGAAUUCGUAAAAAGAAUAAAAGAAAUUGUCUUAAAUAAAGAAAAAACGUAUAUUAUGUGUAGUUUUGACGUAGAAAGUUUAUAUACUAAUGUACCGAUCGAAGAAGCAAUAGAAACAACAUUAAACUAUAUCUAUAAACCAACUAAAUUAAUAGAUGUUCCUUUCGAUAAAGAACAAAUGAGAAUACUUUUAAAUCUAUCAAUAAGAGACGCACCUUUCAGAUUUCAAAAUAAAAUUUACAAACAAAUAGAUGGUGUCGCUAUGGUAACUCAACAAGAAGAUAAACUAAUUACAGCAUUGUAUCGUAAACCAACACAUACAGGAUUAUAUAUGUUAUGGGAUAGUAGUCAGAAUCGUCGUUAUAAAUUAGGACUUAUUAAAACAUUAGUAAUACGUAUUUACCGAAUUUGUUCAAGUAAAGAAAUAAUAACUAAAGAAUUAAAUCUACUAAGAGUAACACUAACAAACAAUGGAUAUCAACCACAUAUUAUAAAAAGAGAUGCACAACAACCAAUACUUUUAUCUGAACCAGCAUAUGGUUUAACAAUAAAUGAAUCAUUAUCAAUAGAUCCAAUAAUAACAAAUAUCUAUCGAAGAUUUCAAAUUCAAUCAUCAACUAUUGAUUUUAUUGAAGUAAUUCAUGACUUCAAUUGA